AAUCCAACGGGUGGAUGUUCUGCGAGCGCCUGAGCCACCACUACAGAGGCUCAGCAUUGUCUGAGAGGGAGGGGAGAAGCCCCGCCUCCCGUUCCCCCCCUGGGGAGGGGGAGAGUGGAAAGAAAAGGGGGCGGGGAGGCGAGGGGCCGCCUAGCCAAUGGGGCUGCAGAAGACAGAGGCCUGCCGUGGCUGGAUUGGAGCUGGGGGCUCCAACAAUCAGGGAGGGUGGAAGCGGGGGAGGGCGGUGGCCCCGGCGGCUGGUGAGAUCCUCCCUCCUCUGUCUCCCCGAAGCUGGCCCGCGAGCCCUCCCGGGGACUGAUGGGCUGGACCUGCCGAGGAGGAGACGGCUGCCGCGUGGACCGGAGUGAAGUCCGCAAGGGCUGUCCCCCAGGGGUAGCCCCGCGACCCCAAGGUUGCCCCUGCUAGCCCUGGGGCGCACGGUAAAGCGGUCUUUGAUCCUCCUUCCCCUUUGGCUGCCCUGGCAGCCCUGCUCUCUCUUCCCCUUCCUCUUGUCUUGGUGCUCUGUGUGUCUGUGUCGGACUGUCUCGGCGUGUGUCUCUUCGUGUUCCCGUGCACGCGUGAAGCUGGGCUCUGGGCUCCAGUCCUUCGCAGCGGAUCUCCUGCGCUCAGCCCCAGCGAACCAUCCCUGGUCCUCAAUGCAGCCCGCGACGAGAUCUCUCCUCCUAAUGAAAGAAGGCAGUGAGAAUGGAUUACUGCAGCCAGACCACUCUGGUCCCAUGUGGACAAGAUAAAUACAUUUCCAAAAAUGAACUUCUGGUACAUCUGAAGACCUACAAUUUAUAUUAUGAGGGCCAGAACUUGCAGCUCCGGCAUCGAGAGGAAGAAGAUGAGUUCAUUGUGGAGGGAUUAUUGAACAUCUUCUGGGGAUUGCGCCGACCCAUCCGUUUGCAGAUGCAGGAUGACAAUGAACGGAUCAGGCCCCCUCCCUCCUCUUCCUCCUGGCACUCUGGCUGCAACCUGGGAGCUCAUGGGUCUUUAAUGAAGCCCGUUGCCAUUCCAGAUAUUCAGAUAACAGACACAGAUGCAACCCCUGGAGGUUCCAGAGACCUGAAGCCCCUUCAAGAAGACACCCCUCAGCUGAUGAGGACACACAGUGACGUUGGAGUUCGGCGGCGGGGCAAUGUGCGCACCCCUAGUGAUCAGCGGCGUAUCAAGCGGCACCGUUUCUCCAUCAAUGGCCACUUCUACAACCACAAAACAUCUGUGUUCACCCCAGCCUAUGGUUCCAUCACCAAUGUCAGGAUUAACAGUACCAUGACAACGCCUCAAGUCCUCAAGCUCCUACUCAAUAAAUUUAAGAUUGAAAAUUCUGCCGAGGAAUUUGCUUUAUAUAUUGUUCAUACUAGUGGAGAGAAACAGAAGCUCAAGGUCACAGAUUACCCCCUGAUUGCCCGAAUCCUCCAGGGUCCCUGUGAACAGGUCUCUAAAGUCUUCCUCAUGGAGAAGGACCAAGUGGAAGAGGUCACCUAUGAUGUGGCCCAGUACAUAAAAUUUGAAAUGCCAGUCCUGAAGAGCUUCAUUCAAAAACUCAAAGAGGAAGAAGACCGGGAAGUGAAGAAACUAAUGCGAAAAUAUACAGUGCUCCGAUUAAUGAUCCAACAGAGAUUAGAGGAAAUAGCCGAAAGCCCAGCCACGAUCUAAACUGUCCAAUCAUGGCACUUCUGGAAAUCGAUGAGUCUUAAGCCUUUGUUUACAUGAAGAAAUACUGAAAUGGAGAAGGAUGGAGGUCUCCGGAGGGACCCCUUGUUGCAACUAUGAACUUUUUAGAUACAAAACCUCUACCAGGUCACCGUCCUCUUCUUGGAUCUGGACGCAGACACACCAGCAGACGACUCUUGGAUCCCUUCAGUCAUUGCCUCUUUUCCGUCUCUGGGAGAGAGUUUUGAUUUGUGGUGUCUAGAGGACUUGCUCUUAUGUGUGUGUGUGUAUGUGUAUGUGUGUAGGCAUUUGGGGGAGAGGACACUUAAAUGUAUGUUUGGGAGAGGUGGAAGAAGAGAGAGAGAUUGUGUGUGUGUAAGUGGGGAUUGGUGGGGGUGGGAGGGGAUUGUCUUUUUGAAGAUUCAGAGUAUUUUCACAUGCAAUUUAAAAAUUCCAAACCACCAGCAACUGGCCAUGAAACUAGUCUAAGCGAUUGCUUUAGACUUAGAUUGUGUAUUCUGAUAGAUUCAGGCUCAAGUAAAUAAUCCAUCACUUGAGGGAUUAGUUCAGUUAGAAGAGGGACUAGUUGUUCAGGGACACUGGUUGCUGUUGCUUUCUUUCUAAGUGAUGUCACCAUCAUUUAAAGAUGAUCUGGUCUCUUUAUCUCACUGAGGGCAAUACUGAGGCCACUCAAGUAACAGGAUUAAAAUCCAGGUCUAAGGACUCAAAAGCUAUGCCUCUUUCCAUGGCAUCACACUUACUUGUUGAAUAUGACAGUAAUUCAGAUCAGGACCUAAUAGAUAUGCAAAAAUUGACUGACGGACAAACUCUUGCAGGAUUUCUCAAAGAAACAAACUUUUAAAUUAAAUUUAAAAUUUUCAAUUAAAAAUAUUUUUUCUGUCCCUCCUAGUCUCACCCCACUAAAAAAACAACAACUUUGUAACAAAUAAGCAGAGUCAAGAAAAACCAAUUCCUAUAUUGGCUAGUUCUGAAAAAUGUCUUAUUUUGUUCCUUGAACCCAUCACCUCUAGCAUCCUUUACAGGAUUCCUUUGGAAAGGAACGAGUCAGUGUCUGCACUCCUAGUGUGUCUGACUGAACUUAGCCGAGAUAAACAGAGAUGUGUAAUACAGUUGCCCCUAUUCAAUUAUUGGUGUGACCCCUAUUUCUGGUUUUCUUUGUUGUCUUUGAUUUAUACAAGGGCAAGUUUGACCUUUCUGAAAACAAAAAUGUAUGUAAUGCAUUAUGGUGGUGUCCCUUAAUAUGGAAAUAAUGAUCUCUCCUUGCAAUUAAUCCAAAGUAUUUUCUGGGUCUUUGUGUAAAUCAAGAAUAAACCAGCACAUCCUUAUCUUCUCACUAAGAGCAUGAACUGUCAGUUUCCUGUAAAAUGCUACCUUCCACUAAUUCUUAAGUUUCCAAAGGGAUAGUAGCAUGACUUGUAAAAUAGUCCAGGCUCCUUUGCUCACGUUAGAACUGGGCAGGGGCUUUAGAGACAAAGUUUAAUUUCCUUGAGUAGAACUUUUAGAUUCUAACCAGGGUUUUUAGAAGGGUCUUGAAACCCAUAAUGAGGCAAAUAAGGGAGACUAUUCAGGAGUGCACAUGAACAUAAAGAGGUUAGAACAAGAUGCGUGCUACUAAGCACAGUUCCUCUGUGAAAUUUCUAGAUCUGAGGCCCUUUUUGGAGAUCACUGGUAUCAUAAACAGUGCCUACGCCACCAAGAUAGGAUGCAAAGUCACCAAGCUUAGAGAAAUUGCCCUUAUGAUGAUUAAAAGAAUUAUAGACUUAGAGUAGGAGUGUCCGUUAGGGCUAUCAAGUCCAAUUCCCUCAUUUCAUUAAUGAGGAGACUGAGGUCCAAAGAGAUUGUGACCUUGUCCAAGCUCCCAUGACCAAUGUAGGAUUUGAAGCCAGAUCCUUGGACUCUAAGUUUAGCACACGUACCAUGCUAGAAGGUGUGAAGUGGUACCUUAGAUCUUCUAGGAGCUUAUAAUAAACAAAUAAGGACUCUUUUUAGUCAUCCAGGGUCCUUUCUCCCACCCCUCCAUUCCAUUAUUAAAACUGGCGAAAAGCCUGCUGCUUAGUGACAAGGGUUAAUCUCCAUGCAAAGCAGAGGUCUAUUUUCUUUGUGGGGUGUUAUCCAUAUCACAGUUUCUUAGCCACAGCUUGUUCUGUGCUAAAUGGACAGUAUGUUCUUGUGAGGAGGGGCCUUCAGGAUUCUCCACCUCCCCCCCCUCCCCGCCAAGUAGAGGGCAACAUAUUUGCUUUGUGUAGUAAAGGAAGGAAGCCAGAGAUGGUUUUGCCUCCUGUCACUCAGGGAUCAACUUGGGCUUUGAGCUGAGGCCACAGGUUUCAGGAUUUAAGCUUCAUUCUUUUAAAAUCAUUAAUUAGUAUUGACAGGUGACUUACCCCCCUCCCCCCUCCCCUUCUUCUAGUGAUAAAAAGGAAAUCCUUCCCUGGCCUUUUUCCAGAAGGAUAAGGUCAUUUGUGUGUUCCUAAGGCAACAUUUUAAAAUGAUACCUCCUCUGUGUUUAGAACUUUUGUUGUUACCUCGGGACUUAGGAUAGGAUCAAGCCUUGGAGCACAAUGAGCCUGACCUCACUCUUUUUGUUGACUGUGGCUCUGUGCUUAUGAGCACUGGCCCUAGAGUCAGGAAGACUGGAGUUCAAAUUCAGCCUCAGACACUUGCUAGCUUUUUGACCUUGGGCGAGUCACUUAACCUCUGUAGCCCAGGAGGCAGCUUGGUGUCCCAAUGGAUAGGGCUCUGGGUCUGGAGUCAAGAAGACCUGAGUUCCAGUUCCUAGCUAUGUGGCCCCAGGCAAGUCACCCAACCUCUGAUUGCCUGAGCAAAAAGGAGAAUGAAAUGGCAAACCACUCUGGUAUCCUUGCCAAGAAAACUCAUGGGUUCACAAAGAGUUGGACACUGCUAAACAAUAACAACAAACUGAGACCCAGAGAGGGUUAACUGAUUUGCCUGAUGUCACACAGAAUAACUAACAGAGCUAGGACUUGACUUCUGUCCUUUGGAGGUAUCUCUCCAUUAUACCAUGGCUUCCUCAAAGAAUCAUAGACCUAGAAGCAGAAGGGACUGAGGUCAUUUAGUGCCUCCUGCAGAAGACCUCUCCACAGAAUCAGUUUUCACCAGAAUUAUUGGAAUGAUGAGAAAUCCCUAGUAUUGUUACUUGUUUCUUAAAGAGAAAAUUGCCAGACUUUAAACCUUUAGCCAUCGUUUUAAUUAAAACAAAGUAGGGAGAUCCAUUAGAAGCAGAUUGUUAUUCAAAAGUUAAUUUGUAAACUGCCACAGAUGUUAUAAUAACCAGCAUUUAUAUUGUACUUCAUGGUUAACAAAAGGCUUUUUAUAUAUUAUCUCUUGGUCCUCACAACAACAAUCCUGGGAGGUGGAUGCUACUAUUAUUCUUGUUUUACAAAGCAGGAAACUGAGACAGAAAGAAGUGAGGUGACUUCCCAAAGUCAAACAGCUGAUAAGGAUCUGAGAUAGAAUUUGAACUCGGGCUUCCCUAACUCCAAGUCCACUCUAUCUAUCUACUAUGCCACCCAGCUCUCACCCAUUUGCCUGGAAUGUAGUAUGAUUAUCCAAAAUGAGAAUCUCCAGCUCUGAUGGGUCUCCUCCUUCUCUCCUUUCCCUUUAGGGAAAAAAAAAUCAUCUUUGUGGUUUUAUCAUCGAAUUUCCUGACGGGCUUAGGGACCAUCUGGCAUCUCUGUGUCUUAACCUGAGGUGCAACCAGCAGCAUUAUGAAGGAUAAUGAGACUUGUAGAAAGAGCCUUUGGUUGGCCAAGUUAUUCUAAAUCUCCCCUUUCCCAUUCCCAUUUCCCCAAAUAUUCUAAAUAGGCUUUCUUGAAAUGAAAGGCAGAGAGGAAUAAACACAGUACUACAAACUUCAUUUGCUCCAUCCCGAUUUUGUUCUGGCCAUAGGAAAUUGGGCCUUUGGUACUGACAGAUGGCAAGGGGGAUGUCUUGAGUCCUGCAAGGUGACCUAAACUUUUCCCACCAGUAUCGUGUGGAUUUUGAUGCUUUGAAAUGCUAACCUGAUUUGUAGGGCUUUGCAGCUGUUUGCUGGGAGUCCUGAAAUGUGGUUAAGAUGAAAAGCAAGUCGUUUUUUUUUUAAUCCCUUUAUUUCUUUUCUCCCUCUUUUUUCUCCACUGUCUCUCUUUCUGUGUCUGUCUGUCUGCCUCUCUCUCUCAAAAUAGGGAUUCAGCUUGUUUUAUAGGUUGAUCAAAUCAAAAGAAUAAAAUCUGGAGCUCGGAUGGCAGAGCAGGGGCUGGGGCCAGUUCCACAGGUGUUGAGGGAAAAAGCACAUGAUGGUGUUAAUCUGUGCUCACGUCACAGGGGAGGGCCUGCGGUUUGACAUGAAUGACCAAGUUUUUAAUGGGGCAGUGGGGGUGGCAUUGAGGGGAUCAGGUAGCAUAAAGCAGAAUUAGUUGUCUUUGUGUAGGGGGAGUUUGUGCACAUUAGUUAACAGUGGACAACUAAGAUUGAACAAAUACUGGGGAAUAGGGUUGGGGGCCCUGAAAGGGUUACUUGGCUGGGGUGUUUGGUUUGUUAAGUCAUUUUAAGAACGUGGCUCUGAGAGAACAAUUGUUCCUCCAAGGCUCCUCGAUGCCAACGAGAAAAUCUUUUUCCCUUUCCUCAACCAAACAGCAGCAACAACAAAACUCUUGCCCUAGUAACUCAAACUGUGUUCUAUCAGUGCAAACAACAUUCUUGGCAUAAACAUUCUAAUCUGUUCUCAAAGUUAAUUUUCUUAAGGAUUAAGGAUUUUCUUAAUCUUCUCAUUGUGACUUGACAGUUCCAGUGGAGUGGGUAGAAUGAGCCAGAGGAUCAAGACUCUGGUCAGAGAGUGCAGGAGUGGAUGGAGAAUAGCUCCCUUCUGGAAAGAUCCCAGAGCCUUGGAGACACGUGCCAUUUGUGAAUGAUGGCGCAGCAUGGCAGGGCUUCCCAAUGACCAGACACUGAUUCCCGGGAGUGGGAAAGUGGUUGGUGAAGGGGAGAGAGUGUCACUUUUUUUGAAGUCUCUGACAAAAGAAAAGAGCUUCAUUGAAAGUGAGUGCUUUAAAUAAGGUUUUCUAUGCAGCUUUGCUUGGUCAGAUGCAAUGAAGAUAAUUCAUGGAGGUGGUGACACUGAAUGAGUUACUUCCUUUUCUCUGAAAGUAAAGCAAACGAGAUGUAAAGUGGGGGAGAGGUGUGUGAGCACAAAUCUGGAAUCUUCCCAGCAGGACCGUCAGGCAUUCGUGUUUCUAAAAUUGUCUUAGAAGUGGUUUCUCUCAUGUAAUUGAUAAGAUUUUCCUUCCUCCUUUUAACUUUGUGAAGUCUUUUUUAUGUAGCUGUAUGUAACUUGCCCCUCAAAGAUGAUGCCCAAACUUAUAAAGUGACAUUGCUUUGAUUUUACUUUCUGUAUUUUAGCACAAGAUUUGACAUUGCCUCAGUUGGGAACAAAGAGUGAAUGUUAAUGUAACACAUAAGCACAUGAUUUAGUCUUGUUUUAAUAAAGCACUUUGUGGAGAAUG